AUGACUAAGAUUAACUUUGAAGCUGCUGAACCAGCAACCAUCACUCUACCAAACGGUAUCACAUACAACCAACCAACCGGUCUAUUCAUCAACAAUGAAUUCAUGAAAUCUCAAGAUUACAAGACUAUUAAAGUGGAAAAUCCAGCCACUGCAGAAAUAGUAUGCGAAGUCUCUUCAGGGACUUCCGAAGAUGUCGAAUACGCAGUGGAAUCCGCUGAACACGCAUUCAAUGACACAGAUUGGGCCACUCAAGACCCCAAAAUUAGAGGCCGUUACUUGUCCAAAUUGGCUGACUUAAUGGAAGAAAAUUUGGAAUUGAUGGCUUCCAUUGAAACUCUAGAUAACGGUAAGACUUUAGCCUUAUCCCGUGGGGAUGUCGGUCUUGCCAUCAACUGUAUCAGAGACGCCGCCUCCUAUGCUGAUAAGAUUAAUGGUAGAACCAUUAACAGUGGGGACGGAUACAUGAAUUUCACCGUUAAGGAACCAAUUGGUGUCUGUGGUCAAAUCAUUCCUUGGAAUUUCCCAUUGAUGAUGUUGUCAUGGAAGAUCGCUCCUGCCUUAGCCAUGGGUAACGUUAUCAUUUUGAAACCCGCUUCAGCUACUCCAUUAAACGCUCUAUUCUUCGCUUCCUUGUGUAAGAAGGUUGGGAUCCCAGCUGGUGUAGUUAAUAUCAUUCCUGGUCCAGGGAGAACGGUCGGUAACGCCAUUACUACUCAUCCAAGAAUUAGAAAGGCUGCCUUUACUGGGUCCACUGAAAUCGGUAAGGAUAUCGCUAUCAAGGCUUCUGGUUCCAAUUUGAAAAAGAUCACUUUGGAAUUAGGUGGUAAAUCUGCUCAUUUGGUCUUCGAUGACGCAAACAUUGAAAAGACUUUACCUAAUUUGGUCAACGGUAUCUUUAAGAAUGCCGGUCAAAUUUGUUCAUCUGGUUCAAGAAUUUACGUACAAGAAGGUAUUUACGAUAAGUUGAUGCCUGCAUUUAAAAAGUACGUGGAAAACUUGAAGGUCGGUGACCCAUUCGAUGAAUCUAACUUCCAAGGUGCUAUCACCAACCGUGAACAAUACGAAACUAUCUUGAAGUAUAUCAAGAUCGGUAAGGAGGAAGGUGCUAAGAUAUUAACCGGUGGUGAAACUAUCGGCAACAAGGGUUACUUCAUCAAACCAACUAUUUUCUACGAUGUUAAGGAAGAUAUGGAAAUUGUUAGAGAAGAAAUCUUUGGUCCAGUGGUCACUGUCUCCAAAUUUAAGGAUAUUGAAGAUGGUGUUGCCAUGGCAAACGCCUCUGAAUUCGGGUUAGGUGCUGGUAUUGAAACUGAAAACUUGUCUACCGCUUUGAAGGUUGCCAAGAUGUUGAAAUCAGGUACCGUAUGGAUUAACACUUACAAUGAUUUUGAUUCAAGAGUCCCAUUCGGUGGUGUUAAACAAUCAGGUUACGGUAGAGAAAUGGGUGAAGAAGUUUACGACUGUUACACUGAAGUAAAGGCCAUCAGAAUUAAGUUGUAA